AUGCCAAUUGGGAUGUCCCCUUAUCGAUUGGUAUAUGGAAAAGCAAACCACCUUCCACUAGAACUCGAAUAUCGCAUGUACUGGGCAAUCAAGUAUUUGAAUUUUGAUCUGUUGCCAGCCCAACAGAAGCGCAUAGAGCGAUUAUUAGAUUUAACCGAGUUCUGGUAUUUUGCAUACAAAAGUGCAAAAAUCUAUAAGGAAAUGAUGAAGUUCUAUCACGACAGGAAAUUGAAGAAGAAAGAAUUCACUAAGGGAUCCGAGGUCUUACUAUCUGAUUCUAGGCUUCACUUGUACCCAAGAAAGUUGAAAUCUAGGUGGACUGGACCGUAUAUUGUUAGACAAGUGCUGCCAAGCAGAGCCAUCAGAAUCAGCGAUGUAGAUAACCCGAGGGAAAGUGCUUCCUUCCUAGUCAAUGGAGCAAACCUGAAACUGUAUAUAGAAGGGUCUGUAUUGCAGCAGGCCGAGGCAGUGAUUGAUCUGAUUGAAGUUCAAUAG